AUGUCCAAGUUCGAGUUUAAUCCCGCUGUUGGACGCAUGGAAUUCUGGUCGCGUCGUCUGCUGAGGUCGCUUUACCAGGCAGCUCGUUGGCUAUCGUUGCUCUCGUGCAGAUUGGAUGUGGAACGGGGACAGAUUCAGUUGAAGGCGCAGCGGCAGAGGUGCAACCGUCUGCUCACCGUUAUGUGGCGCAGUCUUUUGGUCAACAUCUACUGGGCCGUCAUUCCAGAUAUUUUUCUGAAAGCCAAAAAAACCGAAAGCUAUGCGGAUUUCUUUGUCAUGCUGCAGUCUGGGUCGGUGAUCCUCUUUGCCGUCGCCUCCUUCACUGUCCAGGUGUGUUCAGAGUCCAGAUCUAUAGCCAUUUUGAAUCGUUAUAUCGCUCUCUAUGGACGCAUCUGUACAUUGACCCACACCCAAGAGCUCUUUCCGCUGAAGUUUGUCGUGUUCUAUGCCUUGAAGCUGGUGCUAACGGUUUGUGGCUGCCUCUAUGAGUUGCCACAGCUGCUGCCGAUGCAGCACAUCCGGAAUGGGAAUAUCGGUCGCAUUAUCAGCGGACUCAUUGGCAUUUACAUGUGGAUGGGCACACUCUAUGUGCUGGAUGCAUGCUUUCUCGGAUUCCUGGUAUCCGGCGUACUCUACGAACAAAUGGGUGCUCACAUUGCAACAAUGUUGGAGCAAAUGCGUUCCAUUGACAUUGAUUGUCAGGAUUCGGAUAAGGAAUCGGAAGAGAUGGCAGCUCCUCAACGUUUAAGUGAUUACAAGCGCAUGUGUUUGCUUUGCGAUAGAGCCGAUGAGCUGGAGGAAUGUGGCCUCAUCUACAGUGAACUGUACCAAGUCACGCUCUCCUUUCGCAGCAUUUUCCAAUUUCAAAUAUUCUUCUACAUUUACUACAAUUUUAUUGUCCUGCUGCUUAUGCUGUACGAGUAUAUCUGGAAUUAUUUGGAAGCUGCCCAGGGAGAUCUAGUGCCUCUGAUAAUGGUCGGCAUUAAAAUGGGCAACAUUGUGCUCCUGAUCAUGUGUGCCGAUUAUACGAUCAGAAAAUCACAACUACCACAGAUUCUGCCAUUAGACAUUGUCUGCACCGACAUUGAUCAGCGUUGGGACAAAAGCGUGGAGACAUUUCUCAGUCAGUUGCAAGCACAGCAACUGGAGAUCAAAGUGAUGGGCAUCCUGCAACUUAACAAUGAAUUCAUACCAACCAUUUUAUCGGCUAUUAUAACAUAUCUCUUCAUACUGAUUCAGUUCAGUUUCACUGGUGGAUUCGAUGUUGUCGAAGAAAUUGCCAAAAGGAACUUCACGGCGGUACACUAG